AUGCGGUUCUCUCCCAUCGUAGCGCUAGCCGCUACUAGCACAGCGUGGGUACUUCCCAACGAGCAGAUCGUCGAAUCCAUUUCCGAACUUCACGAGCAAGUCGACACGGCCUGGGUCCAUCUCCCAAGUAAAGAUGAAAUCGCCGACGGCGUCCGAGAUGUCCUCGAUAAUGUCGUGGAGACAUCGACCAACGCCAUCGAUGAGGCCAUGCGAUCCAUGAGCCGCGUCGUAGACCUUGUUGGUGCUGAUCGGUUCCCGGAGGAGUUCUUUGAUGUGACCUCCUGGCUGGAGUCGUCCAUGAUUGACGAUGUCGAUACCUUCGAGGACGACGAACCUCCGCAUCAUGGUCCUCCGCAUCAUGGUCCUCCAGACCAUAAGCCCCCACACCAUAAGCCCCCACACCAUAAGCCCCCACACCACGGCCCGUCGAAUCUGACGGUAUACGAACUCAUCUCGAAAUCGAAGUAUACCACCAAGCUUGCCGCGCUGAUUGACGAGGACGAGGACCUGGUACAGCUAUUGAACGGAACCGAAGCGAACUAUACCGUCUUUGCCCCCGUAGACAAGGCCUUUGAGAAGCUCCCCCACCACCACAAGCCUCCAAAGGAGCUCAUCAAGAAGCUUCUGACCUACCAUGUUGCCGACGGCCUGUAUUCGCCAAAACGAUUGCUGAUCAGCCAGACCAUCCCCACCCGCUACGAACCAGAUACCCUCAAUGGCCCGCAACGUAUUGCCGUGAAGCUAAGCUUCAAGGGCCUGACACUCAACUACUACUCCAAGUUCAUCGUCUCCAACAUCCCCGCCACCAACGGCCUUAUCCAUGGCAUCGACUCCCUCCUCUUCCCUCCCCUUCCCACCACCCCCCUCCUCUCCCUCCUCCCCUCCUCCUUCAGCACCCUCACCCUCGGCCUCCACCAAACCGGUCUCCUCCCCCUCCCCCCACACACCGGCGCCACCUUCUUCGCCCCCUCCAACUCCGCCUUCAAAAAACUCGGUCCGCGGAUCAACGCCUUCCUGUUCUCCCCGCCCGGCCACAAGUACCUGAAAGCCCUCCUGCAGUACCACAUCGUGCACAACGAGACCCUGUACUCUGACGCCUUCUAUGGGCCCAAGCACGAGGGAAGCUCUACAGCUAUGGAUCCAGACAACGUCGCCCCGCCGCACUUCCACGUCGAUCUCCCCACGCUCCUCGAGGGCAAGCAUCUGAGCGUCGAUGUCGGUCGCUGGGGCCCGUUUGCCGGGAUCCGGAUUAACGGGUUCGCGCGCGUCGCGGUCGCGGAUGGGGUUGCGAAGGACGGCGUGGUGCAUGUGGUGGGGAGGGUGUUGAUCCCGCCUAAGGAGCCGAAGGGGCAGGAGGAUCUGGGACUUUGGAUGGGUGAGGAGAUGGAGGUGGAAGAGUUGGUGGAGAGGCUGGGGCCGUUGGAGGAGAAGGGGUGGAAUUGGGAGUUGUGA